CGGUACGAUGAGUGGACGAACGCUUUCUUUUCUUGUUCUAGUGGCCGCUGUGUGCGGCGCAAGGGUCCCAACGAACUCUAGUAACUACACGUUUCCAGACGGUUUCAAAUUUGGGGUAGCAACGGCUUCCUACCAGGUAGAGGGGGCAUGGAACAAAGACGGUAAAGGACACAGUAUCUGGGACUACCAAACGCAUAACGAGACAUAUUUGAUUGCCGAUGGAUCGAAUGGCGAUGAUGCUUGCGAUUCCUAUCAUAUGCUCGAGAAGGAUGUAGCGCUAUUGAAGAAUCUUGGGGUUGACUUUUAUCGCUUCUCCUUCUCGUGGUCAAGGCUUCUACCAAGCGGACAUAUCAAUGCUGUGAACAACGCUGGAAUCGAUUAUUACAACGGCCUUAUAGACGCACUGCUACGGGAAGGAAUUGAGCCUUUGGCCACGAUCUAUCAUUGGGAUCUGCCACAGCAACUUCAGGAUCUUGGAGGAUGGCCAAACCCGGUUCUCGCAGACUACUUCGAGGACUACGCCCGUCUUCUGUUUGAAAAUUUCGGAGAUAGGAUAAAGAUGUGGAUAACAUUCAACGAGCCUUCUGUAUUUACCAAUGGUUAUGAGAGCAACAUUAAUCAUGCUCCAAGUAUUGAGGCUCCUGGGUUCGGGAAAUACCUGGCUUCACAUACCGUGUUGAAGGCCCAUGCACAGGCCUACCACCUGUACAACAACAUGUUCAGGGAAACACAGAAAGGUAACGUGGGAAUUACGCUCACCAUUGAUUGGUGUGAGCCCAAAGAGGAAACAGAACAUCACUUGGCUGCAUGCGAGAGAUUUCAGCAGUUCGAGAUGGGCUUGUACGGCAAUCCUAUAUUUUCUGAAGAAGGUGAUUAUCCUGAAAUCGUGAAGACGAGGGUCGAUAACAUCAGCGAAGCUCAGGGUUUCAGGAGAUCACGACUACCAAAAUUCACCCAAGAUGAGAUUGAAUACAUCAGAGGCACAGCUGACUUUUUCGGGUUGAACCACUACACAACGCAACUAGGAACGCCGUCUACUGUCAUCGACAGUCAGCCAUCUUACCGUAAUGACAUUGGAAUACACACAGAGUAUGACGAGAGCUGGCCCGAGUCAGCUUCUUCCUGGCUUCGUGAUGUCCCAUGGGGAUUCCGCAAGAUCCUAGUUAGUCUAAAACAGAGAUAUGGUAAUCCCCCAAUCAUCAUCACAGAAAAUGGUUUCUCUGACCGUGAAGGACAUGAAGAUGACAGCCGAAUCCACUACCACAUUGGCUACCUCACUGAGUUGCUGAAGGCGUUACAUGAAGACGGUGUUAACGUGUUUGGAUACACGGCAUGGAGUCUGAUGGAUAACUUUGAGUGGAAUCAGGGGUACACGGAGCGAUUUGGGCUGCACUACGUCAAUUUCACAGAUCCGGAGCGACCGAGAACCAUCAAAAAGUCGGGUAAAAUAUUCAAGGAGAUUGUAGCCACAAGGGAGAUCCCUGAGAGAUUCCGAAAAUAGAAUGUCAAUGAAAAGUGUUAAAUUGUCUCUUAUCGAAUUAUGUUUCGUCGCGUUUCACAGUAUCAACAGAACAUACAGGGUGUCCGGAUGAAAUGUAUCCGAAAUAAGAAAUGUAUAUCUCGGAAACUGUCAUACACGUAUCC